AUGAAGUUACUGAAUUUACUACUAUUCUUUUCCGCGGCAAUUGCCAUGGCAGACAUGAACAUGGAUGACAAUGAAGAAAUGGAACACAUGGAUCAUCAAGAUCUUGAACCAACCACUUCAGAAUCAACCAAUUCAACCGAGUCAUUGGAACCUAUACCCCAUGUGAUGAAACAUGCUCAUGGUGUACCUAUUUUACAAACUCAUUUGUUACCAGAAGAAAGAUUAUAUUGGGAAAAUUACAACACUACUACUUAUUUCACAGUCGAAUCAAAACAUCGUCCAGCUUUAUAUUUACAUAUUAUUUCUGGUUUAUUGGCUGUAUUUGUGAUAUAUCCAAUAAGUUUGAUAUUCAACAAUUUAAAUAUGGGUAAAAGUUAUUUGUCUACUCUUUUGGUUCAUUCAAGUACAAUUUUGUUUUCCCUUUUGAAUUAUUCCAUUUUCAUUAAUUCAAUUCCUGAAUUAUAUCCUGGUAAUGCUUAUAAUACUAUGAUUAUUAUUUUAUUUGUUACCACAAUUUUACAACUCAUUUUUGCCUUUAUCAAGAAUAUCGACCCAGGUCAACCAAAUAGAUCGGACUAUUUUGAAUUACACGCUUCCUCGGCGAACACUUCGGAUGAAGAAGAAGAAGAGGAAAGAGAUACUUUGGUUGGGGGUGGAAUUUCUGAAAAGAGUAGAUUUCCUCAAUUGCAAUCCAGAAUCAUGAAGUUUAGAACUUGGGUUUCUGGUACAAUUUUCUAUAAAAUCUCUAGUAUUGGGUUCAAUUUGUUGAAUUGGGGUCAUUUCUUUUAUUACAUGAUUUUAGUACCAACUGGAGUUGCUACAUUCUGUAUUUAUGGUCAAGAGAAAGCUGUUUUCAACUUGUUGGCACACUUCAUUAAAGGUGGAGUAUUCUUUGCCUAUGGUAUUUUAUCCUUGUCCAGAUACUGUGGUGGAUUCACCAAUAAAGGUUGGGCCUGGAACCACAAGUUUAUUGAUAGAACUAAGAGUCAAAGCACUUGGUUCUCAUUGCAAAACAAAGGGUUAUGGACUAUGGAAAUGAUUGAAAGUUCAUUGAUUUUAUUUUAUGGAUCUACUAAUAUUUUCUUGGAACACUUGUCAAAUGCCGGUGCGGAAUGGUCGCCGAAAGAUUUGCAACAUGUUUCAAUUGCGUUUAUUUUUAUUGGAUGUGGAUUGUGUGGGGUUAUCACCGAGAUGAAGUUACAAGAUUGGAGAUAUGAACAAGCAAUUGCUGAUUUAGAAAAAGUGAAUGGUGGUAAUGGUGAUGACACACAAGAUGUUUCAAAUAUCAUUAAAGCAAGUCCUGGUUUUAGUCCAAACCCGUUCCCAAUUGUUACUAUUUAUUGGACUGGCUAUCUUAUGUCAAAACAUCAACAAGCCUCAAGUUUAUCUACUGAAAUUCAUAUUCAAUGGGGUAACAUGUUUGUUAUGGGAUGUGCAUUCAGAUUUAUCACCUAUUUAUUAAUGUUGUUGAAUUCCAAGACACCCAAAGAAUUGACUGGUCCAAGUAGACCUAUUACUGAAUUGAUUGUUAGUUUUUCAUUAAUGUGUGGAGGAUUGAUUUUCAUGGAACUGACAGAUCCAGUUGUUUUAUCCUUUGAAUAUUAUGGAUUGACUAGUAUGUUUACCUUGAACUUGAGUUUGGGAGUUACUACAUUAUUAAUGGGAUGGCAAAUGCUGUUGUUUGCAUUCAAAGAUUGGUUAAAGAAUAAAUAUGCCAAACAAGAUAUUGUAUGA